CGCCAAAAUAUCUGACGUACAUACGCAUAACCGUCGUCGAGCAAGGUGGACGUUCAUUCGCUGUUCGGUAGUCGGAGGAGAGGCAUCGGUCAUUGCUCGUGUUUAAGAAGAAUUUUGAAGGAAAUACUGUAAAAGAUGUCAGGACGUGGCAAAGGUGGAAAGGCUAAAGGAAAGGCGAAGACCCGCAGUAGUAGGGCAGGGCUGCAGUUCCCUGUCGGGAGAAUCCAUCGCCUUUUAAGAAAAGGAAAUUACGCGGAACGAGUUGGUGCUGGAGCACCUGUUUACUUGGCCGCUGUGAUGGAAUAUUUGGCAGCUGAAGUACUCGAGUUAGCCGGGAACGCUGCAAGAGACAACAAGAAAACGAGGAUAAUCCCACGUCACUUGCAACUAGCUAUUCGUAAUGACGAAGAAUUAAAUAAAUUGCUCUCAGGUGUAACAAUUGCUCAAGGUGGUGUCCUGCCUAAUAUUCAAGCUGUGCUUCUGCCGAAGAAAACUGGUACUGGCGGAUCUGGGAAGGGAGAUAAAACAUCCCAGGAAUAUUAAUAAUCACUAGAAUAACCUUUCUAACUUAACAGUACUUUAGGGCUAUAUCUUUGUUUCUUGAGCCAUUAUGAAAACUCAAAAUCUUUGAAACCUACCAAAUUACAAUCACUGUUUCAACAUUGUAAAAUUGUCUUAGUUUCAUUACAGUCUACUGUUUUUUUACCAAACAACAUUUUUCUUUUUAGCUAAUGUAAUUAGCAAUAGUAAAUUGUAUUAUUGCUUAAGAUAAGUAUCAAUUGUCAUGACUGA